AUGACAAAGGGUGUUAUUUCUUCAUUCUUCUUUUCUCACUUUCCAGAGAGUCAUGGGGAACAUGAGAUGUGGAGGUUCUUUGAGGAUUGGGGAAAGGUUUGGGAGGUCUUCAUCCCAAAGAAAAGAGAUAAGCUUGGCAACAGAUUUGGGUUUGUUCGAUUCCAGAAUGUCAAGGAACCAUCUUUGUUAGCGGAGAAACUGGAUCGAGCCUACAUUGGAGGGAAGAAAUUGUUCGUCAAUAUUCCACGUUUCAGCAAGCAACCUGUGAUGAAACCUCGUAAGGGCUUUGAACCAACUGCUGAGGGGCCUAGAGCAGAACCCAAGGGUGUUGUCAUGGGGAGAAACCAGCAAGGCGAGAAGGAUCCACUGCCCUUCAAAGAGGUGCUUCUUAAAGGCCUCAAGUCGACAUCAGAGAGAAAGAUUGUAGAAGAAACUCAAGGCAAAAUCCCUCUACUGUCAGACCGUUGUUGGCAAGUCAAGGGCAUGAAGGUGGAAGGAAAGGUGGAAAAAUGGCUGGAGAAUAGCUGGGUAGGGAAGUUAAAAGACUUGGAGAGCUUGAAUACCAUCCAAGAUAACUUCUUUCUAGAGGGGGACAAAGCAGUGAAGGUGAGAUAUUUGGGAGAUUAUCUGGUUCUUUUGACUGAUGAUGAUGAUGAAGCACUGAAGGAGGUUUUAAAGGACAAGGAAGGCUGGAUAGGAGAUAUGUUUGAAGAGCUAAAUCCCUGGAGCCCCCAUAUUUACUCUGAUUUCAGGAUCUCCAGGGUAAGAUGUACUGGAAUCCCUCUUCACUUUUGGAACAUGGAAUGUUUCAACUUGCUAGUCUCAGAAUUUGGAACGCUGGUUGGUCUUGAUGAGGCUACAAGCUCUUUCAAACGGCUGGAAUUUGCUAGGCUCAAGGUACGAACAACCUCUGAGAAUCCUAUUUCUUGGUUCAAAAAACUUAACCUGAACGGUAAGGAGUAUGGGGUCCGAUUCCAAGAAGAACAACAGGUGAUCUUUGAUGGCUUCUGCUCCUGCCAUAACCAUAACCAAGAAGAAAACGUCGAUUCCUCUUGCUGGUCACAAGGUGAUAUCGACCUUGAGUCCCUUGACUCCUCUGAACCGGAAGAGGGAGCAGAUCUGGGUUUUGAUCGGAAGGAACAACGAAACUCAACGGGGACGGCGGCGGAGCAUGGGCAAGAGACCGGGAGUAGGGUUGAGGCUACGUCAGUAGCUGUUGGUUGUCAGGGGGCGGCCAGUAACCUACGUUGGAGGCAUUUAAUGUGA